AUGGCAAAUAAAAAAUACUCAGAGUUCUUGGCUGAGAACAAAAAGACCAGAGUUCCUGGUGAACCAGGGGAUUUCAUAGACUGCUACCUGGAUGAACUAGAUAAGAGAGGAGAUGAUGGCUCAUCAUUUUCUGAAGACCAGCUUUGUGCAUUUGUUUUGGAGCUUCACUUUGGUGGAACUGACACGACUGCCAACUCCUUGCUUAUCUAUCUUUCAUCUGAUAGAGAGAAUCAGUCUAUCAACAAAGUUCUGCAUGGUAAGGAUCCGGCAAAUUUUGAAGACAGACACCAGAUGCCAUAUGUGCAGGCUGUCACUCAUGAAAUCCAGAGAGUGGCUGACAUUGGUCCUUUUGGUAUUUUCCAUUGCACCACUAAGGACACAGAGCUCAUGGGAUAGUCCAUACCCAGGGGAACUGUUAUCAUCCCCAACCUGUCCUCAGUGUUGUUUGAAGAGGGUCAGUGGAAAUCCCCCCAUGUCUUCAACCCUGAAAACUUCCUCAAUGAUAAGCAAGAGUUUGUGAAACCAGAGGCGUUCAUGCCUUUCUCUACAGGUCAACAGAUGUGUCUUGGAGAGGGUCUGGCUCAUAUGGAGCUCUUCCUCACUGUGGUGACCCUGCUGAGGAAGUUCACAUUCAUCUGGCCUGAGGAUGCAGGGGAGCCAGACUUCACUCCUCUCUUUGGAUUAACCCAGACCCCUAAACCUUUUCACAUGAAGAUUCAGCGCAGAGGAAAUACCUGA